GCGGGACGCGGGCAACGCGGGUGUCGCAGGCUGACAGCUGACCGUGCUGCUGACACGCGCAGUCUUGCAUGAUAAAAAGAAAUUCGUAAUUUACGGCCUGUUGAAUUUGCAUAUUCCAGCCGCACGGUGCAGAGGAAAGGCAUUGUCCGAAGCCAGUCCCAACACAUCAGAUUGCCCCUCCCCAAACACACAAAGAAAAACAUGGGUCUUUCGGUGACGGCCGAGCCGGUGGUCUUCCUCUUCUUCGCCACCAUGCACCUGGAGAUGAGUGCCGUCCAGGACCUCAUCAACACCAAGUGCUGCUUCUCUCUUCUCAACACCACCAACCUCACGCUGUGCCACUCGGCGCAGAACGAGACGCGCACCGCCAUCAAGACCGCCGCAUCGCCGUGGAUCGCCUACUACUACGGCCUGCUGUCCGUGCUCACCCUCGUCUGCGGCAUGUGGGUCGGUUCGUGGAACGACCGCUUUGGCCGCAAGCGGCCCAUGCUGUUUCCGCUGGUCGGCGGAAUGGCCGCCGUCCUCAACUUCAUUGUGCUGUCCCACUUCCUCGACAGCCACGUGUCGUUUGUCAUGAUCAGCGCGGUCCUUGUGGGCCUCUCGACUGGAUCGCUCGGAGUCGUGUCAAGCUGCUUCGGAUACCUGACGGACGUGGUCCCGCUGUCGGCGCGGAGCAGACGGAUUGCAAUCCUGGAGGCCAUGGUCUUCACCGGCGGCGCCUGCGGCAUGUACCUUGUCGGCGGGAUGCUGAAGUCGACGACGUACGAGGCCAUCUUCCUCGUCGAGCUCGUCAUCUACGCCGUCGCAGUCUUCUACGUAUUGAUAGCGAUCAAGGAGAAGAGCGGAGUGCAAGAGGGCGGGGAUCCCGCGGGGCGGCCCGGGCUGUUUACAUUCCGCCACGUGGUGGACAUGGCCCUGACAGUGUGCCGGGCGCGGGACAACGGACACCGGCGGCACAUCCUGUUACUGCUGCUGGCCGCGACGGCCAUGUUUUAUGGACUUGCUGCACAGAUCUACCUGACCUACACUUUCCUGACCGACGAGCCACUUCGGUGGGACGCAACGCACUACAGCUUCUUCCAAGGGGUCAACAUUGCGCUGGAGGGAGCGGCGCUCCUCGUGGUCCUGCCCCUGUCCUACCGGUUCCUCGGCAUGUCAGACCCUCUGGCCGGACUUCUCGGAUCGCUCUCCAGGGGCCUCGGACUCCUCUAUCUCGGACUCUGCUCCACCAGCACCAUGGUCUACUUUACGCCGGUGUUUCUGGUGUUCUCGGAGUUUGCCACCCCGUCCAUCCGUUCCAUGCUGUCCAAGAUUGUAGCUGCUGACGAAAAAGGCAAGGCGUUUGCGAUGAUGAGCGCUCUUCAGUCAUUUGCGCUCUUCACUGGUUCCCUGCUGUUUAACGGCCUUUACCCAGCCACGUCCAAGUUCUUCAAGGGCUUCGGGUUUGAGUUUGCAGCAGCUCUCCAGCUGAUUUCCAUUGUGAUAUUCGGGUACCUGUACCACAAGCUAAGGAAGGCAUCGCUGUACGCCGAAAUUGACGGGGACACCUCCAACCUGCAGACCGAGAUCGAGAGUUGAGGGACGGAUAUCGUCACCUCAUUAAUGCAGGAUGCGUGUCAAGUUUAUUGCUGUAAGAGUCGUCCUCUGACGCAACAGUGCCCGUUCCAACAACGAAGCUCUGAACAACGGGACAUCGCUCGCCGAGAGAUGAUGGAACGCUCGGAAGUUCUACCAGGGGUUCAGAAUGUCUUUUUUCGCCAAGACGGUCAUUGCGUCUCCAUAUGUCAAAUUGUAUGCAGUAUCGAAGGUCACAAUUGUAUAUCAGAAUAGUCGUAUCGGGAGCAUCGAUUUCAAACUCCGGUAGUUGUCGCAUUGCUGCGGUGAGUCUCAUGGGCACGUCAGUUCUUCUUGAAGACUGUGAUACCGUCGUGAUUGUCGACAGAACUAGCAAAAGCUCGAGCGCCACUGUUGCAAUCUUGAAGAGGCUUUUUUUUUUUUUUUUGCAACUUACUUUGCGGUGAGGCUCGAGAAGUUGCUGGAAUCCAAAACUCGCGAGCUUGUGCUGUGUUAUGAGAAGGCAGGCACCUAAUGUAAAUUCCACCGCUGAGGCUGCUGACUUUAUUUAUUUAUUGAGUUGUAAAUGCUCGAAGACCUUGACUGUAGUGAUCACAGAAUUAUAAAGCAUUAGCAGCCUUCUUUUUUUUUUUCUUUUUUUAUUUUGCUUUGAAUAGUUAGUGGCCAGGGCGGUACUGCUGCCUGCAAAAAUAGUCUGCAUCUUUUUUUAUUCUAUUUAUUUUUUAAUAGCUCACCCAUCCCUUGGGACAAAGUUGAACAAGUAUCUUUAAUGAGUGUAUUGUACUAGCUAUGUGAAACAUGUCCUGUUUUUUGGGGGUGUUUUUGUGGUUUAAAGGACAAUUACCUGCAACUAGGCUACCAUCAGUAAGCAAGAAUUAAGGUGUCAUUUUUUUUUUUUUUUUUAAUCUUUGGUUGUGCAACAGACCGGAUCACUUCUAGAGUGGAGUGGUCAACUUGACCUUGAAGGAAAAGAAUUUGUUCACUUUUCGUCAUUGUCCAAACAGCGAAAUCGAGCCCAGAUAACGCGAUUUCCAGAGCUGGUCUAUCUUUUGGAGGUCGUUUUCGUGUUUCGGGGCACAGUGCGGUAUAGGACCCAUUCAAACUUGUACUCGUAAAAAGCACGAAAUGACUUCCGGCUUUUGACUCACUAGUGCUCAAUAUAAACUCUCCAGAAUCACAAAGCAUAUAAUAAGUGUCAGUGGUUGUUUUUGUGGGAAAAAAGAUGUGUAAAUCAAGUUAAUUCAAACGUCUCUUUUUCCUUGACUACAUUUUUCUUUUUCUUCUGCAAGUCGACAAUCAGAUGUAUGCAGUGCAUCCACUACCACUACAAAGGUUAUUCAUUCAUUGCAGCUAGUAGUUGCUUGCAGUACUGGAUUAGUAAAUGACAUGUCUUGUGUGAGAAUAAUCAUGAGGCAUGGUUUCUAUUAAAGAGAUACAAUAGAGAUAAGAAAAAUAAUAUGUAAAAAUGAGAUAUAUAAUAUUUCAUUGUCUGCUUAGCAGCAUAGUGGUCGUUCACCACAUGACUGAAACAAUGUUUGUAGCCCUGAUGGUGCAUGUUGUUUCUGUGCAGUGCAAAGCACAACAGUAUUGCAUGUUUUCAAAACACCUUGUUUAGUCAUUGUUUGGUGUCCCCUUUUUCAGCGAGUGUUUGCCUCUUAUUUAGCGCACCUCACAAGCACAUGGUAGACGAGCAAAAUAUGUGCAGUAAAAUCGUGCACAUAGAGUGGAGUGUUCACGUUUGAAUAAAAAAUGAUAUGUAUAUAUUAUUUCUUUUUCUAAGGGGGCGGAGUUUGAAAGUUUUUGAAAAUAGGUUAGCUGUGGAGCAACACUUGCGACCUAAAUAGGUUAUUGACGAGGUCACCUUUAUUAAAUAAAUUAGUUAAAAGCGAAAAAGAAAACAAAACGAACCAUGCUGCAGCACAGACUAACAAGAUUUUUCUGGAGCGAAAACAAUCCUUAAGCUUGUGCUCUUUUUUUUUUUUUCUACUGUUUUAUAAUCUUGGACUCUAGUUGUAUUUGGCUAAGCAGCUUGAAGUAACUCUUGGUGUCAUUGCACCUACGGGCUAUCAAAAAAAAAAAAAAUCAUUUCCCUUCUUGCAUGCUCUCACCCUGGCUUCACGACGCCAUUUUUGAGCGAAGGCACCGGCGACGAGGAACGUAUUAAACAGCCAAUCGGGUUGUUUUUGUGUUUCACAGGGGCUCUGUCAAGUUGCUGUGACGGGCCAAGCCGGAAUAGGCACCACAAAAGUCCCGUUUGAGUCUUUUUUUUUUUUUAUUUUGGCCUUGGUGUUUUGUCUACUUUCGGUGCCCAGAUCUACGUGACUGCUUGGGUUCUUUCGUGCUAAAAUUGGGAGUAAUUGUAACGGCGCUAGUCUAACACUAAGUGUGACAGUGCUGUUUCAGCAAUACGCGACACGACUUGUCGGCGAUUAGAAUCUCGUAGUCUGAACAAUUCUAGCUGGAUGAUCGGGACUGCUGAUCUGCCGCGAUCUUGAAAGUUGCGAUAUAAUGAUCUGAAGUGGGGAAAGUUAAAAUUUUAGGUGACAUUUUCUGUUCUUUCCGUCCAUAGCAAUGCGUAAGAGUCGGAAGAAAACUCGAUGCAGUUUUCAUCCCUGGGCGUCUGUUCCGACUGAACGCAAAUGUCGAAUGAUGAUAUUCUUUGUGCGGUGUACCAGCGUUUGGCGAAUAAAUAUUGUUAAUUUUUGUUAGCUUUU